UUCUAUAAGAAAUUAGAUCUAUUAUCAUUUUCUGGUUGCAAUUUUGUUAAUUUAAACGUUUACUCAGAAUUUUUCGUAUUUAAUUAGUUAAAUAAGUUAAACAUCUGAAACAAUUAUUGAUAUGCAAUUAUUAUCUUGACCACCAGCUGAUCUUUUCAUGUGUUUAACGUUUCCAAGGCGUCAUCUCAAUCUCAACCUGAGAAUUAACCGGAUAAAUUUGACAGUUUCACUAAUUUUGAUUUCAAUCUUUUGAUUUCGAGUUUAAAAUGAUCAAUUAUUGUCAAUAAGUGAGUAACUAUACUUCCGACAAUCUGGUUUCUUCAAUGAAGGUAAUAUCAUUGAGUGUGUUUUGAUGAGAAUUACGUUCACUCAUUUAAAAUUUGUGAUCCUUGGAGCAUUGUUUUUGACUCUGGUUCUAACUUUAUUCCAAGCAGUUUGUGUCACUAAAUCAUAUUCACAUAGAUGUCCCGAAAAAGAAAACACCAACAUCUCGUCAUCCCCAUCACCUUUAAUCAAUUUACCUCGAGAAAAACUCCCAACAAUCUAUUUGAUUACUCCAACAUAUUCAAGAGCCGAGCAAAAAGCCGAAUUAACGAGACUUGGUAACACAUUGUUACACGUUGAAUCAAUUCACUGGAUUUUGAUUGAAGAUAGUGACUUCCCCAGUAAUUUAAUUUCAAACUUUUUAGCAAGAUUUCAAGCACUUUCAAAGAAUCGUAGCAAUAUCCGUGUGACUCAUUUGGUUAAGCGAACCCCUAUAGAAUAUCGAACUAAAUUAAAUGAUCCGAACUGGUUAAAACCCAGAGGUGUUUUACAACGCAAUGAAGGCCUGAAAUGGUUAAGAAAUAAUCGUAAUAAUAUUGAUUCAAGAGGAAUCGUAUAUUUUGCUGACGAUGACAACACUUAUGAUCUCCGUUUAUUUGAUGAAAUGAGGGAUACAAAGAAAGUCAGUUGCUGGCCGGUUGGUCUAGUUGGUGGAUUGAUGGUUGAAAGGCCGUUAGUUAAUGACGAAAACAAGGUAAUUGGUUGGAAUGCUGUUUACAAACCAGAAAGGUUAUAUCCUCUAGAUAUGGCUGGAUUUGCUGUUAAUAUUACUUUGAUACUCAAAAAUCCGAAAGCAUUUUUUACACUCAAAGUUCCUAGAGGAUUUCAAGAAAGUUAUUUACUUAAACAAUUAAUUUCCGAUAUCAGUGAACUGGAACCAAAAUCAGAUAAAUGUACUCAAGUAUUAGUUUGGCAUACACGAACCGAGAGACCGAAUCUUAAGCAAGAAGUCAAAUUGAAAAGACCUUCCAACGAGAAUAUCGAAGUGUAAACUUGGAUUAUGAAAACCGUAUUGCAUUAGCAGAUUUUAAGUGAUAAUCAUCAGUUAAUAUAAAAUCUAUUGACAUAUCAUUAUCAUGAUUUAGGGUCCUGUUUACAAAUUUAUUACAAAAAUAUUUUAUUCUUCACCCUCAGCUCUAUCAAAUUAACUGAUGUAAAUGAUUUAUAAUUUUUUAGUGUAAUUAACUAUCAAUCAUGUAUUUAUGAACCAACCUUCCGCAUCCAACCUGAUAAAUAGACGAUGUUUAGAGACAAUAAGGUUCUGUAGAUUAUUUAGUUAUCACCAUGUUUCAUUCAAUCAUUUCAGUUAUUUUGGUUUACAUGUGCCUGGUUUUGUUUCAAGUUAUCACUAUGAAUCAAUUAAAUGAUGAUGUGUCUAUUAACAUGCCUGAACAACCAGCUCGAGAAGAUCCGUUAACUCGAAUGAUUCGUGGUUCAAAUGAAAUACAAUCUCCUCAACCAUUUGAUUUGCAGUUUUACUAAUUCAACAAUCAACUAAAUGCCCUUAAAGUGGACCACCUUUUAAAGUGGAGUCAUUCAAAAUCAAACCAACUAAACCUGGUAAUGAUCGAUUCAGGAGGACAGGAAAACAAAUUAGUUUAACUCUCAGAUUAAAAACAUCCCAAAAUUAAGCAAUUGAAAUAAAACUGAUAAACCUUUUAAUGAAAUCUAAAUGACUGAAUAUUUAAUAAAUUUACAAUAAAAUAUAAUCGAUGCCAAAUUGAUGUUAAAUGAAAUCAAUCGUCAAAAGCGUCAUAAAUAAAACAUUUGUUUAAA